ACUGAUUGGUGUUUUUGCGUCAGCUGCUCGCCGUUUUUGCGAUUCAUUGCAAUUUAUAUUUUGCUGAAAAUAACAAUAAUUAAGAAGUGCAGAAGAUGCCGAACAAAAAACCGGCCUCACCCGAUGUGGACGAGAAUGCUGCACAGGACCUUACGCAGGCGGCCAAAGAUGUGACGGCGGCAUCGGAGGAAAUGCUGGAAAAAGUCCUUGCCGGCUUAAAAAUGCACGACUCGGAGAACGAGAAUGAGGCGUUGGCGCAGGAGGAUCAGACCACAAAUGGCGGCACCUCUGCAGCGUCUGCAAGCAAGCAGCAGGCCUUACUCCAGGCCGUCUCCGAUGUGGUGGCUAGCCGGCAGGCGAAAAAGUUUGCCUUCUGGUCCACACAGCCAGUGACAAAGUUGGACGAGCAGGUGACCACCAAUGAGUGCAUUGAGCCAAACAAGGAGGUCGCCAAGAUUCGGCCCGAACCGUACACUUUGCCCGGCGGCUUCAAGUGGGUCACAUUGGAUCUCAACGAUACCAAUGACCUGAAGGAGCUGUAUACUCUGCUGAACGAGAACUACGUGGAGGACGACGACGCCAUGUUUCGAUUCGACUAUCAGCCGGAGUUUCUCAAAUGGUCCCUGCAGCCACCUGGCUGGAAGAGGGACUGGCAUGUCGGUGUGCGGGUUGAGAAAUCCGGCAAGCUGGUGGGCUUCAUCUCAGCCAUUCCGAGCAAACUCAAGGCCUACGACAAGGUCUUAAAAGUCGUCGACAUUAACUUUUUGUGCGUGCACAAGAAAUUGAGAAGCAAGCGGGUCGCCCCGGUCUUGAUACGUGAGAUAACGCGGCGCGUCAACCUAACGGGUAUUUUCCAAGCUGCCUAUACUGCCGGAGUGGUGUUGCCUACGCCGGUGGCCACCUGUCGCUACUGGCAUCGUUCGCUCAAUCCGAAGAAGUUGGUGGAUGUGCGCUUCUCGCACUUGGCCCGCAACAUGACGAUGCAGCGCACUGUGAAGCUUUACAAACUGCCAGAUCAGACCAAGACCAAGGGCUAUCGUCGCAUCACGGCCAAGGAUAUGGACAGGGCGCACAAGCUGCUCGAGGACUAUCUGAAGAAAUUCUCCCUCUCCCCAGUAUUCAGCAAAGAGGAGUUCCGUCACUGGUUCACCCCCAGGGAGGGCAUCGUCGACUGCUUUGUGGUGGCGGAUGAGAAGGGAAAUAUCACCGAUCUGACCAGCUACUACUGUCUGCCAUCCUCUGUGAUGCACCAUCCGGUGCACAAGGCUGUCCGCGCCGCAUACUCCUUCUACAACGUCUCGACCAAAACCCCCUGGCUCGAUCUGAUGAACGAUGCAUUGAUAUCGGCCCGUAAUGUUCAAAUGGAUGUCUACAACGCCCUCGAUCUGAUGGAGAACAAAAAGUACUUUACGCCAUUGAAGUUCGGUGCCGGCGACGGAAACCUGCAAUACUAUUUGUACAACUGGCGCUGCCCGGCCAUGCAGCCGGAAGAAAUAGCCCUGAUCCUCAUGUAAAAAGACUCCAUACCACCACACGCACUUUCUCACAUCAGUCUUAUAUACAUUCUCGCCCAGUUCGAGUCACGUACGUUGAUCAAAAUUCCCCACAUCCCAUCCCGCCAGCUGUGCUGAAAGUCAAACUUUUCUUUGUGCACGUGCAGGUGGGUCGCUUCUUUGCUUAGCUUCUCUACACAGCAAUUUUCCAGGCGGAAAAAAAAUUGUUCUUUACCUAAAUUUUGUAUAAAUAAUGCAUUUUGCAAUUGCCAGGCUUGAGUAUUUUGUACGAAUAAAAACAAGCCAAGCUGAA